UCGGCCCCUCCAAAGAACAGAGAGAUGACGGGGAAAGCCGGGGAAGCGCUGAGCAAGCCCAAACCUGAGACAGUGGCCAAGAGUACCUCGGGGAGCGCCCCGGCCAGGUGCACCGGGUUUGGCAUCCAGGAGAUCCUGGGCUUGAACAAGGAGCCCCCCAGCUCCCACCCGCGGGCUGCCCUCGACGGCCUGGCCCCCGGGCACUUGCUGGCUGCGCGCUCCGUGCUCAGUCCCGCAGGAGUGGGCGGCAUGGGGCUGCUGGGGCCUGGGGGGCUCCCCGGCUUCUACGCGCAGCCCACCUUCCUGGAAGUGCUGUCCGACCCGCAGAGCGUCCAUUUACAGCCGUUGGGCAGAGCGUCGGGGCCGCUGGACACCAGCCAGACGGCCAGCUCGGAUUCUGAAGAUGUUUCCUCCAGCGACCGAAAAAUGUCGAAAUCGGCUUUAAACCAGACCAAGAAACGGAAGAAGCGGAGACACAGGACAAUCUUUACCUCCUACCAGCUAGAGGAGCUGGAAAAGGCGUUCAACGAGGCCCACUACCCAGACGUCUAUGCCCGGGAGAUGCUGGCCAUGAAAACGGAGCUGCCAGAGGACAGGAUACAGGUCUGGUUCCAGAACCGCAGAGCCAAGUGGAGGAAGCGGGAGAAGUGCUGGGGCCGGAGCAGUGUCAUGGCUGAGUACGGGCUCUAUGGGGCCAUGGUGCGGCACUCCAUCCCCCUGCCGGAGUCCAUCCUCAAGUCCGCCAAGGACGGCAUCAUGGACUCCUGUGCCCCGUGGCUGCUGGGGAUGCACAAAAAGUCGCUGGAGGCAGCAGCCGAGUCCGGGAGGAAGCCGGAGGUGGAGCGCCAGGCCCUGCCCAAGCUCGACAAGAUGGAGCAGGAGGAGCGGGGCCCUGACCCUCCAGCCACCAUGUCCCAGGAGGAACUGAGGGAGAACAGCAUUGCCGCGCUCCGAGCCAGAGCUCAGGAGCACAGCACCAAAGUGCUGGGAACUGUGUCCGGGCCGGAGAGCCUGGCCCGGAAUGCCGAGGAGCCAGAGGAGGAGGAGGCGAUGGACGAAGACAGGCCGACAGAGAAGCUGAGUCCACCGCAGCUCGAGGACAUGGCUUAGGUCAAGGGCGCCCUGACACUGGAGCCCUAGGACUCUGCUCUUCUCAGGACCUGUGGUUCUGGGAGGUGUUCUCUGAGGCAGGGCCCAGCCCGGCCUCUGCCACUCUCCCCCUGCCCCACAGGCCCUCCAUGACCCCCGGAUGACUUCAGGCACAACUCAGUUCUGGCUGAGGCUAUAGGCCGUGCCGAGACAUCCCCACUAGCCUUGACCUCUCCAGCAUCCUUGUCCCAACAGCCCUGCCUCAGAAGCCUUCUUGCUGUCCCAAACCACCCCCUCAAGUCUCUUUCACUCAAUCCCUCGGGGACACCCAUGUCCAGAUCCCUCUCUUACACUCUGUUCUCUUGCUCCCAAGAGCCCUCUUUUCCACCUAUGCACCCUCUGUGGAUUCUGCUCCACCCAGGCCCGAAGCCCACUGCUGCAAACGCAUUGCCUACCACAGCCCUGACAGGGACUGAGGGCCCACACCCCAGGGCCAAUGUCCUGAGCGCUCCAAUCCUCCACAAAACUCUGCUCCCCGCAGCCUGCUCCUUCCCGCAGGCCUGGGCCCCGCCAUGUGAAUGUACUGCCCCACCCCAUCAGUGGGGCCCACAUUCCACAGUAAAGUUGGGAAGUCUCAGCCUGGGCCCCUCAGCCACCUUCCAUCACAUGCCCUCCAUGGUCACCCUCAGGAGCCCAUCUUCUCCACACUCAGCCUGCCCCACCAUUCCUCCCAGCAUAGUGCCACCACUGCAUAUGGCGACAUACAAUACCUGUAGUGGGUCCAGGGCCUGUGCCCUGCAGCCGGGGGACACCGCUCACAGAUGCUGUGGCUCACUGCACUGCACUCACGGCCCCUGAGUCUGUGUCCUGAUCUCCUGCCUCCCUUGAUAUGCUGCCUGUGACCCUGACUUGCUGUGCAAGGCACCUUUCCCCUUAGAGCUUCUCGCAAAUUACUGGUUCACAUGUGCCCUGCCUUGGAGCAACCCAAUCCAGCUGUGAAAUGAAGGCAGAGGAAGCCAUGAAUCUUGAUUCAACUUGAUCCAGGCUGUUCCUGGGAGGCCAAGCCUGGAGUGGGCCUGGGGCUAUAAAUAGUCAUCAAGUUUGGUCACAAGAAGGGUAUGAGGGAAGGCUCAAAGGAGAGCAAGACAGGAGCCAGCGUUAGACCCAAACUCAAUGAUAGGCACACAGACCUUCAUACCCGGUGUAUGGCGGGGUGUGCGUCCACGAGAAAAAGACAGACACAGCGACCAUGUCGGAAGAGUGGACUGGGGGCAUCUUCCUGUCUGCUGAUGAGAGGACCUGGCCAUACCCAUGGCCUCUCUGCAGCUGCCCCUUCCUCCCUCCACGCCAAGCAGAUGUCCCUCUCACCCCCAUGACAUUUCCCUCUACUGUCCCACCACCUUCGCAGGGAAUACCUCGCACGAGAAAGGCCUGAGACAGGGAGUUGAGAUUUUAAUUCUGUAUCAAGAGUUGAUUUCUUCAUUUAGUUCAUGGAACUCCCCCCCCCAACCCCCCCCGCCGUUCUUCUUGUCUUUGUCCCCUGUUGGUUUGAAGUGUUAGACUGUAGCCCCUGGUGUGUAAAUAAUGUACAUAGAGUGAGAAGAAAGAAACUUGAUAUGGAGAUGUUUGAAAUCUGGAACUGUCCUAACUUGUAGCUAUUCUAAACCUGUGAUUUCUGUGCAACUUUCUGUAAAGAUGAAAGUAAGAAUAAAACUCAUGUAAAAACA